AUGCGAAGGUACAUCUCCAGCAUUGGGAGCCAGAGCCAAAGCCUGAACUGGAGUGAGCUCUUGCAGAGAGUAAGUACUCUUUGCAACCAGGCCGCGGAAAGGUUCCAGGCCGCCACACAGGCGGGAGAAGGGGAGGAUGAAAUGGAAGACAACACGAGUGACCUGGAUUGGAUGGUUUUGCACAUCGAGCACUUGUCCGCUUUUGUGAGUAUCGCUUCCCGGGGUGUCACCGAAGCUCCUGGCGCUGAGUCGCUGGAGUGGCUUCGUCGUGGUAUCCUUGCCUUCCAGGAAGCGGUCCGUUUGGCUUUUGCAGUAGUUGACCUCGCUGAUUCAGCUGACUGGCAGCACAAAGCCUUGCAAGGAGAUGUCUUUGCAGCAGGUUACCACCUCCUGUGCGCUGGGAGACCUCAACACCAAUUGGUUGCGGAGGCGCCCGAAACAUGGCGGAGUGGCCUCUUCGGAAGCCAAGGUAUGCUGAUGCCCUCGCCUCCAAUCUCAGGCGAGUCAGCGCCCGCACAAGCCCAACCACAGCCGGUAGAAGUGACGGAGGCGGACCUCGUACGCCUUGCUGAAGAAGCGUAUGGCCGUGCUUUGGCAGCACCUGGGGUGGACAGAGGAGAGGUGGGACUCUCUUGUGGAGAGCUCGCCUUGUCACUGGCCCGGCGUGCCCUUGCAGAUGGCCGGGAUGCCACGUCGGCUCUGCAGGGUGCAGCAACUUCGCUGCAGCUCGCAGCCCGCUUCGGCACCCGGGAGGAGAAGGCCACCGCCUGGUACAACCUCGCUUGCGCUGCUGCGUUGGCCGAGCGGCCUUCGAAAGCUAGCGAAGCGCUAAGAGCGUGCCUUGAACUCGUCUCGCCGGCAUCUCGUAAGGAUUGGCUUCGGGAGGCAUCUGAGGACCAGGUUGAGUCUUCGCUGCCGGUGGAUGAGUGCGCUGAUCUGUCCGAUGAGCUGUCCGGAUGCGCACUGAGUGCCUUACAGCUCAAAACGCAGAAGCACUUGUCGGACGCCGACUUGCCUGGCAGCUUUUCUGUGGCGCUUUCCACAGAGGAUGGCAAGGGCCACGUUACUGAAGGCGAGCAGGCCAAGCAUCAACAGCCAAAGCCCAAGGCAGAGGAGCCGCAGCACCCUGCGUCACAAAAUCGCCAGCCCCAGCUGCUCGAUGUAAGCAGGAGGUCAACGGCUGCCUGCUGCCAGUGCGCCUCUGGGGAAGUUGGCUUCUCUGCUAGCGGCGGAUGCAGCUUCUGUCAGGGGGACGUGAAGCGGACGGAGAAUGCACCUCAAUCAUGCCAUCUGCCUCUUCGCGAGAAUAUACAUAACUGA